AUGUUCAGUCGCCGUGGUGUUUACGGCGAGGGAUCUGUGUGUGUUGUGGUGGGGUCUCGGGUGGGGCAAAAGUGGAGAUGGCGACGGGCCCAUCGGGCCAUGAAUGGUGCAGGCGCGGGGGUCGGUCGCCAGGAACGGGUAGUGGAUCGUCUCGAGAGCAUGGAAGAUUGGUGGACAGCGGCACAGUGA